UUCUCGGCGAGGAGAGGGACGGCGGGUGCCUCUCGUGCUUCCCCAGGACCCGGAGGCGGGGCCGGCCGGGCCUCGCCAGCUUCGCGCCCUGCGCGCUCCCGCACGCCUCGGGCUUAUCGCUUCACGCCCGCUGGGGCAGGCCCAAGACCAGGCAUAGUCACAUAUUGCGCGCUGCUGGACCUGACGAGCCACAUGUUGCAAGCCCAACAUGGUCUGAGGCAGCUCUCGAUAAACCUUAUCUCGAUGAAGCGAUCGGAAACGAGGAGCUUGAAGCUGUCCUAGACACACCUCUUCCUUCCCAUCCAAAGCUAAUCCGGGGCCAAUUGAAGAAUGGCCUCAGAUAUCUUAUUUUGCCAAACAAAGUUCCAGCUGAUAGGUUCGAGGCUCACAUGGAAGUUCAUGUUGGAUCAAUUGACGAGGAAGAGGAUGAGCAGGGAAUCGCACAUAUGAUUGAGCAUGUUGCUUUCCUUGGGAGUAAAAAGCGCGAGAGACUCUUGGGGACAGGUGCAAGGUCUAAUGCAUAUACAGACUUCCACCAUACAGUCUUCCAUAUCCAUUCUCCAACUAAAACAAAGGAAUACGGUGAAGCCUUACUCCCUUCUGUGCUGGAUGCUUUGAAUGAGAUAGCUUUUCAUCCGAAGUUUUCUUCAUCUCGUGUUGAGAAAGAGAGAAGAGCAAUUCUGUCAGAGCUCCAGAUGAUGAACACAAUCGAGUACCGUGUUGAUUGUCAGUUGUUGCAACAUUUACACUCGGAAAACAAAUUGAGCAACAGAUUUCCUAUUGGACUUGAGGAGCAAAUACUUAAAUGGGAUCCUGAUAAGAUCCGCAAGUUCCAUGAGAGAUGGUAUUACCCUGCGAAUGCCACUUUAUACCUGGUAGGAGAAAUUGAUGAUAUUCCCAGAGCAGUGCGGGAGAUAGAGGCUGUGUUUGAACAUACACUUACUGGAAACGAAGCAGCCCCUAUGUCGACUGCAGGUCCGUUUGGGGCCAUAUCAAGCCUGUUUGCCCCAAAGCUGCCAGGUAGCUUGGCUGCAAGCCUAAGUGGUGACAGAUCACCUGCCACAGAUAAAAUAAAACCUGUAAAAAGGGAAAGACAGGCAGUUAGACCUCCCGUAGAGCAUAAAUGGUCUCUUCCUGAUGUUCAUCAAGAUGCUAAGCCUCCAGUGAUUUUUCAGCAUGAGUUAAUUCAGAGUUUCUCUAUCAACAUGUUUUGUAAGAUCCCUGUCAACCAAGUUCAGACAUACAAAGACCUGCGCAGUGUCCUGAUGAAACGGAUAUUUUUAUCUGCUCUGCAUUUUCGAAUCAAUACAAGAUACAAGAGCUCAAAUCCUCCCUUUACAUCAGUUGAGCUGGAUCACAGCGACUCUGGAAGGGAAGGGUGCACGGUGACCACUCUAACAGUAACAGCUGAACCCCAAAAUUGGAGGAGUGCUAUCAAAGUUGCUGUUCAUGAGGUUCGAAGACUCAAAGAGUUUGGUGUCACAAUGGGAGAAAUGACCCGUUAUAUGGAUGCACUAAUAAAAGAUAGUGAGCAGCUCGCUAUGAUGAUUGAUAGUGUUCCCUCGGUUGACAACUUGGACUUCAUUAUGGAGAGUGAUGCACUUGGCCAUACUGUCAUGGAUCAAUUGCAGGGACAUGAAAGUUUGCUUGCAGUUGCAGAAACUGUCACGCUUGAAGAGGUUAACACUGUUGGCGCAGAAGUACUUGAAUUUAUUUCUGACUUUGGAAAACCCAAUGCACCACUUCCUGCUGCUAUUGUGGCCUGUGUACCAAGAAAGGUCCAUAUUGAUGGAGUAGGCGAAAGUGAUUUUGAGAUACAUCCAGAAGAGAUAACCGAGUCCAUGAAGGCGGGUCUUGAAGAACCCAUUUACCCGGAGCCUGAGCUUGAGGUGCCAAAGGAAUUGAUUACUCAAUCAGAACUUGAAGACUUGAAAUUGCAACACCAACCAUCAUUUGCCCCUUUCGGUAAAGAGCAGGACGUGGUGAAAGUAUUUGACAGUGAAACUGGUAUAACACAGCGCCGCCUUUCCAAUGGAAUUUCUGUCAACUACAAGAUCACACAAAAUGAGGCAAGGGUUGGUGUUAUGCGCCUGAUAGUAGGUGGUGGGAGAGCCACUGAAGAUUCUGAGUCGAAGGGAUCUGUUAUUGUUGGUGUACGUACUUUGAGUGAAGGUGGCUGUGUUGGUAACUUCUCAAGGGAACAGGUUGAACUUUUCUGUGUGAACAAUCUCAUAAAUUGCUCGCUGGAAUCCAACGAGGAGUUCAUCUUUAUGGAAUUUAGGUUUGCCUUAAGAGAUAAUGGCAUGCGUGCUGCUUUCCAACUCCUGCAUAUGGUCCUUGAGCAUAAUGUGUGGCUAGAAGAUGCGUUCGAUAGAGCAGCUCAGUUAUAUUUGUCUUACUACCGCUCUAUCCCCAAAAGUUUGGAGCGUGCCACGGCUCACAAGCUUAUGGUAGCCAUGUUGAACCAUGAUGAAAGGUUUGUAGAGCCAUCUCCACAUUCAUUGCAAAAGCUGACUCUUCAGUCAGUUAAAGAAGCCGUCAUGAACCAAUUUGUGGGCAGCAACAUGGAGGUCAGCGUAGUUGGUGAUUUCACAGAAGAAGAGGUAGAAUCUUGUGUUCUCGAUUAUCUCGGGACUGUGAGGGCCGCAAAUUCUUCAAGCACCGCGGAACAUAUUGAGAAGAUCUCAUUCUUGCCGUUUCCAUCGGAUCUGCAUUCCCAGCAAGUAUACAUAAAGGAUACAGAUGAGAGAGCUUGUGCGUACAUUGCUGGCCCGGCACCUAAUCGAUGGGGGUUUGCUACUGAAGGAAAGGACCUCUUUAAUGUAAUUCGAAGUUCUAGCGCAAAUGCAGAAAUCUCUGAACCAGCAAACUCUGAUCUAAUGGAGAAGACACAUAUUAAUGUUCGCAACCAUCCUCUUUUCUUUGGGAUCACUUUGAGUUUGCUGGCUGAAAUUAUUAAUUCCAGGCUAUUCACAACAGUACGAGAUUCCAUGGGAUUAACCUAUGAUGUUUCUUUUGAAUUAAAUCUUUUUGAUAAACUGGAGCUGGGUUGGUAUGUGAUCGCGGUAACUUCAACCCCGAGCAAGGUCCAUAAAGCUGUGGAUGCAUGCAAAGGUGUUCUCAGAGGUUUACAUAGUAACAAAAUUGUUGAAAGAGAGCUGGACCGGGCAAAGAGGACAUUGCUGAUGAAACACGAGGCUGAGACAAAGACAAAUGCUUAUUGGCUUGGUCUGCUAGCCCAUCUGCAGUCCUCUUCCGUGCCUAGGAAGGAUAUAUCCUGUAUUAAGGAAAUGACGACCCUAUAUGAAAGUGCCACAAUUGAGGACCUGUAUCUCGCAUAUGAGCACUUGAAAGUUGAUGAUUCAUCUUUAUUUUCCUGCAUCGGGAUCGCUGGUGCCGAGUCUGGUGAAGACAUGAAUGAUGAUGAGCCUGAUAUGGCGGUUCCUGGUAUGGUUCCCAUUGGCGGCCGGGGUCUAUCAACCAUGACCAGACCAACCACAUGAGUAGUACACUUUUUCACACCCCAACUUUCUCAAGAUUUCUGUUCUAAUUCAGUUAAAUCCACACCACAGGCAUCACCCUAGCUCCUGAAGAGAGGAUCUGUAUGUGACCCUGUGGAGACUACAUAUGAUGAUUGUAUAUGCAAGUACUCCCUAUACCCAUCAAUGCAUUUGGUCAAGCCAAUUGUUAUUCCUUGAGCAAUUGCAACAGAAAGCUUUGGUUGUUGCAUUUUCUAGAAAAAUAGAUAUGAAUGUUCCCAAGGAACUUGAAAGCCUUCCCUGGAAGGCCAUUUUCAGAUGUAUAGUAAAGACCGAUUUGAUUCAUGCACAUUCCCGUUGUUGUAACUAGUAGUAUUCUUCAGGUCAUUGCAGAAGAUAGAGUGACCAUAGGAUCGAUGAUAAGUUACUGAGCAACGGCAAAGUAGCAUAGAGCAUCUGUAACACAAUAGUAAUAAUAUCAUACGCUUGUAACAUUCUGUUAUCUUUGUCUGAUAGUGUGAACUUGAUAAUGAAAUGGAUACAAUUUUGCUGAGAA